AUGAAUGAAGACUUACAGACAUCGAACAUUCACAGAAUGACUACAGAAUCAAAAAUAAAAAAGACGCAAACAGAAGUAUUAAUCAUUGGUGCUGGUCCAGCAGGGUUGAUGACUGCAUGCUGGUUAGCUAGAACAGGUGUUCCAUUUAGAAUCAUUGAUAAACGUACCACCGAUAUUUUUGCAGGACAGGCCGAUGGUUUACAAUGUAGAACAUUGGAAAUCUUUCAAAGUCUUGGAUUUGGGGAUAGAGCUUGGAAAGAAGCUAACCAUAUGCUUGAAAUGGCCUUCUGGUCCCCCAACGAAGAAGGUGACUUAGUUAGAAAUACUAUUAUACCUGAUACCAUCCCAAGGAUUUCACGUUUCCAACAAUGUGUUUUGCAUCAGGGUCACAUUGAAAAAUGGUUCUACGACUCGAUUAACAAAUGGUCAGGAGGCAAAAGUGGUGUUGAAAGACCACUUUUGCCAUUGUCUAUCAAUGUUGACGAUUCAAAAGUUGAUGAUUCUGAAGCAUAUCCAGUUUCUGUACUUGUCCAGAAUUUAACUAAGGAAAAUGAAAGAAAGAAGCAAUCUAUCCCCGAACAAUUCGGUUCUAAUGUCGAAAAUGGUCUUUACAGACAAUUUGAUGGUGAUCAAGAACAGUUCUAUGCUAACUUGAAGACUGACAUUGAAAGCAACGAUUCGGUAGACAAAGAGGAGUAUGAGGUCAUAGAAUGUAAAUACGUUGUUGGCUGUGAUGGUGCUCACUCGUGGGUUAGAAAGCAAAUGGGUAUUAACAUGGAAGGUGAAACUACAGAUUUUGUUUGGGGUGUGUUAGAUAUGGUUCCUCUUACUAAUUUCCCAGAUAUUAGAAAGCGUGGUGCCAUUCAUUCCAAAGAUUCAGGAUCCAUCAUGAUUAUACCAAGAGAAAAUGAUAUUGUUAGAUUAUAUAUUCAAUUGAAUGAAAUUGAACGUGAUCCAGAAACCAAGAAUGCAUCUGAAUUUGGUGGUGGUAUUGAAGACAAGACCGCAAAGUCCAAGGGUAGAGUCGAUCGUUCCAAGAUUACCCCUGAAGUUAUUUUGAAGACUGCCCAAAAGGUUUUUGCUCCUUUCGAGUUUGAAAUCACUGACUUAUCGUGGUUUACUGGUUACCAGAUUGGUCAAAGAGUUUCUCCAUCAUUUUCCAAACACUCCAACCGUGUUUUCAUUGCUGGUGACGCAUGCCACACCCAUUCCCCUAAGGCAGGACAGGGUAUGAAUGUCUCUAUGAUGGAUACAUUUAAUCUUGGGUGGAAAUUGGCGUACGUUAUUAGAGGCUUAGCAUCUAGAGACAUAUUAUCAACUUAUGAAUCAGAAAGAAUUAAGAUUGCUCGUGAGUUAAUCAACUUCGAUCAUAAGUUAUCACGUAUGUUUAGUGGUAAACCAAUGAUUCCAAGCAAGGAUGCCUUAACUAAAGGUGAAGGUGUUGAUAUGGACGAGUUCCACAAGGCCUUUUACAAGGGUAAUGAAUUUGCCUCCGGUACUUCUGUUGAUUACAAUAGCUCGACUCUUGUCCUGAAACCAGAGAAUGAAGAGGCUGACAAAUACGUUGUACCUGAAGCUUCUAACAUUCCAAUUGGUAGAAGAUUUGACACCACUCUCGUUGUUACCCAUUCUGAUGCUAGACCAAUCCAAAUUGUAGAUCGUAUGUUGAGUGAUGGUCGUUGGAGAAUCUUGAACUUUUCUGGUGAUGUUAAGAAGGACUCACAGAUGGACGUCUUGAACAGGAUUUCUGAUUACAUUUAUGCCAAAGACAGUUUCAGAAACAAGUAUACUCCAAUUAAUGCCCAUGAAGAUUCUGUCUUUGAUGUUCUCACUAUCUACUCAUCCAAGCGUAGUUCGCUUGAACUCUUUGACUUCCCACGCAUCUGUGUUCCUCAAGAUCACAAGAAGCGUCGUAAUUACUGGAAGCUUCAUAGUGGAAUUGAAACUACAUUACAUGAAGGUGCAUGUGACGCAUACAAAAAGUAUGGUAUCGAUACCGAAAAAGGUUGUGUUGUCGUUGUUAGACCUGAUGGCUAUGUUUCUUUAGUCACUGAUUUCAGCCUUGAUGGUUACAAGAAGAUCAGCAAUUUCUUCGAUGAAUUCAUGAUCCCACAAACUAAAAUUACCUUACCACCACCAUCCGAGGAUGACAUCGACAGAUUUGUCAAGCCCUUGUUUGCCAUAUAA